UUGCUCGACUCUCGUCGCAAGAGCUUUUUUCGGGGUCGAGCAUUCCCUUUCGCUGGUGGGUUUCCUGUUGGUUGGUGGCCCGAGGGGAUUGGCGAGUCUUGCACGGACGUGGAGGCUUCGUUGUGUGAAGUGCAUUUUUGUGUGGCGCUUCUGGAGUACACCACUGUCCAUGUGAGGUCGAGGCAGUGUCACACUUGCAUCGGUCCCGGUCCGAAGCAUUGUUAGUGCCAAGAUGGUGUCGGGAGGAAUGGCAGAUUGUCCCGUGGAGAAAGAAUGUUUAGAAUGGGUUCAUAGAUACCUCAAAGACUGCAUAUGCAGCUUCCGGGACGAAAUAUCUUUGGGCCUCGGGCUCCUCAGUGUUCUGAGCUGGGGCAUCGCCGAGGUUCCUCAAAUUAUCACCAAUUUCCGUGAAAAAUCCACCGAAGGUGUCUCGCUCGCAUUUCUAAUGACGUGGGUUGUUGGGGACAUCUUCAAUCUCACAGGUUGCUAUCUGGAGCCUGCCACGCUGCCAACUCAGUUCAUCAUGGCCUUGUUGUACACGUUUACGACCAUCAUUCUUGUCCUCCAAACUAUAUAUUACGACUAUAUUUACACACGCCGAAACUCGGAUGAGGGAUACGAGAAGAUUGCUUCCGUCGGAGAGAAACCGAAGACAGCCGAUGUGGACACAGUGAAGAAGCAUUCGGAACAGGACAAUAAAACUCAUGAGGGUGGUUCUUCUCCUAGUUCUAGUCCCCCUACCACCAUCAUCAAUGUGCCCAUAACUCGCAGAGCGAGUAGAGGUUCUGAAUCCGAUGUUUAUUACAUGUCUGCAAGAUCUCUUGCAAGCAGUCACGCCCCUGGAAUUGGCUCUUAUAUGGUUGGAUCGCGCGACCGCGAAUCAGGAGGCAGCUCUGGCAACCACAGCUUUCUUCGUACCACAGUUUCGUCCUCUCCACAACAUAGUUCUGUUUCACGUUCAAGCGCCACUCAGGCAGGAUCUUUGCUGCGAACUGCCGCAUCAAGCGUUCUCCUCGUUGGGUCCGUGGCAAUGACCUCCACUGUACUGUCUGGUGCUAUCCCUUCCACGCCUCAUAAUGGUCCUGCGAAGUAUUUUGUUUUCACAGGACGAAGACUGUUGCAGCAAAUAAGCGUUUCCCACGGGAGAUACUCAACACAUUUCCCCAGGCGAAGUUUUUUAGGAGAAGAAGCCGUAGGUCCUUGGGGGGAGAUCUUCGGCUGGUGCAUGGCUGCAAUCUACAUGGGUGGCAGGUUGCCACAAAUACAUCUAAACAUCAGACGUGGAACAGUUGAGGGCCUGAAUCCACUCAUGUUCGUGUUCGCUCUCGUCGGCAAUGCCACAUAUGUGGGAAGUAUUCUUGUGAGGAGUAUCUUAUGGGUCACAAUCAAACCGAACUUACCAUGGCUAGUAGAUGCGGCAGUGUGUGUACUUCUCGACCUCUUCAUUUUGUGCCAGUUUUUUUAUUACAGCACUAGAAAGGUUGAUGACGGCAGCGACGAUGAUUCCAAAGACCAAAAGGAAGCUUCGAAAUAGAGGCGUUUAUUUAUUAUCGUUACCUAAGGAUUUUUAUUAUUUAUACAUAGGCGGCUUCUUGAGUACUGUUACGAGUUUCUUGGGCUCGGGCGGGAGCUGCGUACAAAGCAAUCGAUUUUUUCAACCUACCCAUUGGUUCUAUAAUCAUGUAAAACAGUUGUAGUUAGCUUCAGUAGUAGAGCUUGCGGCUAAGGAUCCUUGUAGUACUGUGUUUUUUGCGAGGUUACACGCGUAUAUAUCAACUACUAGGCAAUAAGGAUCGAGGUAUGAUAGAACUAAAGUGUUCGCACUUAGCCGUGUUGACAUGUUGUUCUGAGUGUAUUUUGUCAGAAUACCAUUACUGUAUAUGCCAUUGAUCAUUAAUCACAAAGAGC